AUGGCUGCGCAGCCGCUUCUGCGGAUUUUGUGUCUGGCGGGUUUUCGGCAGAGCGAGCGGGGCUUCCGUGAGAAGACCGGGGCGCUGCGGAAGGCGCUGCGGGGCCGCGCAGAGCUCGUGUGCCUCAGCGGCCCGCACCCGGUCGUGGACGCAGCGGCGUCGGAAGGCGCCAAGCCAGACUCCGAACCCUGCCCUCCGGAGGAGCAGCCUCGAGGCUGGUGGUUUUCCGAACAGGAGGCAGACGUUUUCUUGGCCCUGGAAGAGCCCACGGCGUGCAGAGGUCUGGAGGAAGCCCUGGGAACGGUGGCACAGGCACUGAACAAGCUGGGGCCUUUCGAUGGGAUCCUUGGUUUCAGCCAGGGGGCCGCGCUAGCAGCUCUUGUGUGUGCCCUUGGCCAAGCCGGCGAUCCCCACUUCCCUUUGCCCCGGUUUGUCAUCCUCGUAUCUGGUUUCUGCCCGCGGGGCCUUGGCCUCAUGGAACCCAUCAUGCAGGGUCCCUUGUCACUGCCUUCCCUCCAUGUUUUUGGGGACACUGACGGUGUCAUCCCCUCUCAGGAGAGUGUGCAGCUGUGUAGCCGAUUCAGUGGAGCUAUCACCGUUACCCACUCUGGUGGCCACUUCAUUCCAGCAGCCGCACCCCAGCGCCAGGCCUACCUCAAGUUCUUGGACCAGUUUGCAAACUGA